AUGCGCCGGCGGGCGACUGGCGUGUCCGCGCCGCACUCCUACCGGCCGCACAGCCGCAAGCCGCACAGCCGCAAGUGGCUCGCCCGCAUCAAGCACCGCGGCACGGAGAUGGUGCUGGGCGAGUUCGACAGCGAGCUCCAGGCGGCGCGCGCGAUCGACGGGCGAGGGUUGGUGGAGUGA